UGUCUGUGCUUGUGUCACACUGUAGCCUAUGAAUAAUUUACAAAAUGUGCCAUUUGUGGAUGUUAGUAGUAACUUAGCAAUGAUUUCUUUCUCUCAUACUGUUGACAUCAGCUUGAUAGUUUUUCUCUCUCCCUUUGUGUUAGCUGAUAAGAAACAUUGAUUUUAAACCCCUUAACUGACACUGGUGUCAUGUGUUAAUGUGAGAAAUGGUCCGUCCCGGAAAUCUGUUCGACGUUCAUUCCGCUGCAGUAAAGAGUUGUGGUGAAACAACCGUGUUUAGUUCCGCAGGUGUUGUAAAUCAGUUGAGCUUUAGCAAAACGAGACACACGGUGAAAGUUUUACAUUUCUAAGUAUUAGGUCUUUUUAAAGCGGCAACAAAUGUGAGGAGCUCGUGCUGACAAUAUACUACAGUCAAGAAAGGAACUGAACUAUACCGGCAUCAACAAGAAGCUCGUGACAGCGGGAGCAAGAGGAGAAAAAUUCGCAGUUGAGCAGAACAGUCUGUCUUGAUGUGUUAAUAAUCAUGGACGCCGUUGUGAAAUUCACAAGCCAAAGCCAAGGGAGAGACCGCAUAUUCAGAGCUACACAGUAUGCCUGUGCACUGUCUAUAUAUUUACUGCGAAACAAGCCUGAUAGAAAGGACCUGGUGGCCAGACUGAAAAGUUUGGAAAAUAAUAUAAGUGCUGGACGAAAAUUGCUCAGGCUAGGAAAUGCAGCCAAUUCUAUUGUGGCUGCUAAACAAACCAUGCAGCUCUCUGACCGAGUGCUGGGCCUGUGCCUCACAGUGGCCAACAUCAACCGGGCCCUCUACUUUAUCUGUGAUAAUGUAGUGUGGGCCAGGAAUGUGGGCCUCAUCCGCAGCAUCGACAAGGAACGCUGGAGCAUAAAUGCCUCUCGCUACUACCUCUUUUCAUUAGUGAUGAAUCUGACCCGAGACCUGUAUGUAAUUCUCCAGUUGAUGCAACAGAAAGGGAGAGAUGACCGCCUCAAAAGCAAAAUGAACCAGCAUCUCAGUGACUGUCCUGAAGUAGCGGAAGCCCUUAUUCCUGAGCUGGAUGCCUUUAUUUUCCUGCUUCUGGAGACUCUGAGAUCAGAACCGACUGUUGCCUUGGACACUGUGAAAAACAUCUGUGAUCUCUUCAUUCCUUUAGAUAGGCUGGGCAUUUACAAGUCAAGUGCAGGAGUUGUUGGAUUUUGUGGGCUGAUAUCUUCCCUGAUUGGCAUUUUAACCCUCGCACGACCCACUUUGAGUAUCAAACCCUGAUAAGGAGGGUGGAGUUUGACCAAAGGUUAAAACAAUUUUAAAUGACACACUAAGCUACCAAUAACAGGCAAGAUUAUAUAUUUCAAUGAUAAUUGUGUUGAGUGGUUUUGUAGCAGAAUCUGGAUUUACUUUAAGGCUUCCUGGCAAUAAUAUAAUUAGAGAUGCAUCAAUCAACCAUUUCAUUUGAGAUUUUUUUGUUAAACAAAGAAGGUAAAUUGAGAAAUUGCAGGAUAAUUAUUUAACAUAUCAAAUCAUGUCUCUAACCUGUGUGGGAUUUUAAUAUUCUCGUAGGAAGUACAAAGUACCUUCUACUGGUUGAUUGCUUACAGAUUAACAUUUUGUGAAUACUCAUUUGUGAUGCAUUUAAUGACCAGUAAAAAAGUUCAGGUUUGACAAAUAGUCAAGGGACAAUUUUCUUUUUCUGGCAGACUAACUGGUGCAUCUCUAAAUAUAAUUAACAGCAACCUGCUGGAGGAAAUACUUUCUGAACAACCUAAGAUCAAAGACUUGACUUUGUUGCCUUCCUGUUUUCUACACUACCAGCAGUUUCACAACUGAUAGACUCCCAAGUCAGAUGAAACAAAAAUUGUUUAUAUUGCAGGGUUGUUCAUCUGCUUUCAAACAUGUUUAAUAUUUGUGGAAUUGUUUGAAGAUUACUGGUCAUCUGGCCUUUUUACUGUUUCAUACUUUUGAAAUGUAUUUGGUUUUUUUGUACAUCACCUAACUAUGCAAGAUGUUUUGUCCAGAUUAGGUAACAAUUUGUACCCACAUUGGUGACUUGUGAUUAACAGUUGGUACAUAGUGAGAAAAUAGGAUUCUGUGACUCAAAAAAGUCAGAUUAAUAGAUUAUUACUCAGUUAUUUGAUUUGAUCAGAGGUCAUAAGCUUUUUUCCCUCAGCGAUCAACCACCAGAGAUCAGUACUAGAGUUGCAGAAAAUUUAAAAUUAUGUGAACUUUUUAAAAUUCAAGGAAAAGGAUGACAAGCUAAUUUAUUUAUUUGAUCAAGAAUGCUUACCUUCUUGGAGAAGCGAACUAUUUUCCGAGUGUUUACUAGAAUAGUUUGUUUGCCGGUGCGAAAGGGAAGAAGGUUGAGAUGAAAUAAGUGGCUACCUAAUGGGUGUACAAAUUGAGUGUUAGUUAUUGUUCAGUGCUUAUUGUUUUGUGACAAAAUGCUGCUAAUUUGAUAUGACUGAAGAGUUAAUGGCUUCUCUGUCAAAUGAGGGAAAACAAUUAGAUUUUAAUGUGCUACUGAAACAAUCUGCUGGACUUCAACUACAAGUACUGUUGAUGAAGUUAACUUGAAGAAAAGUGAUAUGGGAUUAAGAGGAAAAAACUUUGCAUGGCCAUUUUAUUUGUUCAAGAAGAGUUUGAGCUGCAAAUACUGGGAAACCUGUUGUUUGCAACUAAAUGUAUUGGAAUUGCAACAUGCUUGUCAUUCAGAAGUAGUUACGCUGCCCUCUUUAAGACAAAUGACAACUUGUACAAUUGAAGAGCUUUUUAUUUUCAGUUUCACUCAGACAACAAUACAUUUUUUUGUAAAAGAUUA